AUGUCAUCGCAAAGUCAACAACCCGACAUCAACACUCUGUUGCACAACAUGUGUGCACAGAUUUUGAUGUUGACUACGCAACUCGCCGAACUGCAGGUGCACCCCCCUGCAGCAACCCCCUCGGUCAAGAAAAAGUUCAAUAAGAAAUUUGAAGUCAUCGCUGACCCUGGCGCCUUCGAGGGAGACAGAGCACAAUUUGCCAAAUGGUGGAUCAAGCUCCAAAUUUGGGUCAAGGCAAACUGGGAUGCGUUUGCCAACGACUUUGAGGUAGCAACUGCGGAGUGCUACACCGCAGGAGUGUGGCCUGUCUGGGACGAUCUCAAAAUUGAGAUCAAAAAAUAUUUUAAACCACAAGCUGAGCGUGACUGGGCAUGUCAGCAAAUCUGUACCUUCAAGCAAGGAAACAUGAGGACGGAUGACUUCGUAACCCGGUUCCUGGCCCUCUCUAUCCAAGGGGGUCUAGGAAAUGAACAUGCAGUAGAACUGCUGGUGUAA